CCAGAAGAUGUGAGAAGCAUGGGAAUCCUCGGACUUGUGCGUGUCCUUCUUCGUGUGUCCCUGGGCCCCGUCAGCUCUCCAGGGGUCGAGGGCCCCAGAGUUCUGGGCCUGGGCCACCUCGGAUUGGCCGGUCGCGAGCGGCGCUGGCGGCACGGACCCCGCUGCUCGCCGCCCGGUACCGCGAGGCCGCGGCCCACGGCGAGGCCUGCCAGGCGCUGCUGCGGGAGGAACUGGGCGACUCGGACCCGCGCCUGUGCGACGCCGGUCCCAUGAGCUUGCCGAGGAGAGCCCUCGGCCUCGUGCUGACGCGAAGCUUCGUCCUGUCCACACCGGGCGGGCAGUCCUCGGUGGCAAUGCUGCCUCUGCUGGAUCUGCUGAACCACGCUGACGGAGACGGCGUACGCACCCCUCGGCGCACUUGCUUCUGCGUCCAGGAGGGCGGCAGCGUCCUCAUGGUUGCGGAGCGCGACAUCUCGCCUGGCGAAGAGGUGACGCACGCCUACAGCGAGGCUGCGUCCGACCACGGCUUGCUGUGCCAGUACGGUGUCGCGCCCCCCGCCGACGGCGACGCCGCUGGUGGGCGGGGGGAGGCUGGCCUCUUCGAUGGGCCGAAGCCCAGCACAUUCAGGAGUGCAUGGGACAUCUGGGGCGCUCCAGAUACGGCUUCGCCCUCGAGGGAUCGAGGAAUUGCCUCGCCUUUCUCGGCGGGAGGGCAGCGAAACGGCCCAGCGGACGUAAGACGGGGGCGGUUCCGCCGGCAGAAGCCGGCGGACGGCCAGCGGAAGGUUGCGGGUGCCGACGUGAGAUGUCAACGUUGUUACCUAGAACCACGCGCGCGCUCCGUGC